AUGUGGUUUAUGACAAGCAACAAUAAUGGGGUAACCUCAGACAGCAGUGAGAAAACAGCCAAGUUUCAGUCCGAAAUAAUCGUGUACAAAACCGAAACUAAACCAUUAAGAAAGACGAAGAACAUUCCAUUGUUUCUGAAAGGCGCGUGUAGUGUUUUACAAAUAUUCACGGAAAGGCCCGAAAUAAAACGUACCAAACCUAAAGAAGAAAAAAUGGAAACUGAUAACAAUACUAUCACAGUAAUAGGAAUUACAACAUUUCUUAUCAUUUUAACUUUAAACGCUUUACUUGAUGUGCUCAAAGUGAAAGAAGAAGAAAGAGCGAGAAGAAAACUCAAUCCUGACGGAGAGAGGAGACAUUCUUUGGCAGAGUUUGCCAAUAAGAAGAUGUUAAGGAGGGAAUCCAGCAAAUUUAGCCUCCAACUAUUUCAAAUAGCAGAAACUGUACCCACGGACAUAAAAGAAGAUAAAAACAGCCGUCGCGAAAGUAGGCCAUACAGGAGAGGUGAAUCAAUCAACUCAUACUUGAACGAUAAAAAGACCCAAGGAGAAUGCUCAGCGCCGGCAUCCCUCAGUGAUUCGCCAGUUGCUGAAUCUAAGCUCGUCAAAAGACAAUCAGUUGCAAAGCUUUUUGGUCUUUCCGAUGGUUGA